AUGGAUGAAUAUGGAAUUCCUGGUUCAAGUUUUUCAACUCCUGCAGGAAAUAAUUAUCACGAUUAUGUUAACAAGAAGUCUUCAACUAGUUCGGCUUUUAUCAUUAACAACAUGAAUACAAAUGUUGAAGAUCAGUAUUUAGUUGAAGACCUUGAAAUAGAGCCUUCUGCAUCAUUAUUAGAAUUAUUGGUUGAUGCACUUUUAUUACUUAGCGAUGCUUCUUUAUUUAAAUGCUACACAAGAAAUACUAUUCCACAUUUAGAAUUACAUCUUCGAACUUGGAUUGCCACCUUAGAAGUUGUAUUUUAUUCUCCUACUGUAUUAACUCAUGAAACUCGGGACAAACUUUAUAGUAAUUUAGAUAAGUUUAUUGACAUUCACUACCGAGUAACAGAAAUGUUUAGCCAAGGCGUUAAUCAUAGCUUUAAGUCUAAAUUUAAACCUAAGGAGAUUAAUAUUACUAGCAAUAUCUACAUGCAUUUUCCAAAUUAUAAUAUUAAUUUUUUAUUGAUCCACUUACGUGAUACUUUACACACUCUUAUUACUGGUGCUUCUAAAAUACCUUCUGUUACUUAUGGAAAUGUUCCUACUGCAUUUGAUUUUACUAAUAAUACUUUACCAAGAAUUAUCAAUGCUUUCAAUGUUAAAUAUCCUAUUGCUUACUGGUAUCCAAUAUGGCAUGAACUUUUAUUAAUGCAUUAUUCUUUAAAAACUUUGAUUAAGGAUCUAAAUUAUAAUAUUUUACGAUUCUAUAAUGAGACUUAUCUUCUUAAAUCACUUUGGCAACAUGCUUUUAAUCAGGGGUAUGAACAACAAAAACAUGUUGAUAUUUUAACUAUCCUGAAUAAUUAUAAAGCAUUUCGUGGAUUGUGGACUAGAAAAGAACCAACCGCUCUACCAAACUCUCUAUGGUUUGAUGUAAUACAUGAAGAAAUAGAGAAAUUUGUCAAAUUACUACCAGUAGAUUUUCAACUAAAAUUUAAAAACCUAAUUUAUGAUAUAAAUCAAAAACUUCAAUUAAGUAAUGAAUUUAUAGAACAAUUUAAUAUAAAUUAUGAAAAGAAAUCAAUAAUCAAAAAUAAUAUACUGGAUAAAACAUCUAAUUCUUUAUUAGAAAUAAUUGCAGAAAAUUUUACCUGUAAGAUUACUAAACAAAUAACUGGAGAUUUUCUUAUUUUAUCAUGCUGUGGACACUCAGUUAGUCGUGAUGCUAUUAAUAAGUGGAAAAAUAUUUCAAUUUUUAAGAAUAAAUUAUUUGAAUGUCCAUUUUGCAGAACUGAAAUUAAGAUGGAAUCAUUCUAUAAUCUUGCACAAAAUACAAUGGUAAAAGGCCUCUACAAAAGAUUAGAGCAAGAAGGUUAUUUAAAUAAUUUAUUAGAAAAACAGCAAAUGCCAACGAACAAUAAGUAUAUGGCAGAAGAUGAUUUACUUUUAAAAAUGAAUAAAAUGCAUAUAUUUGGAAUUCGUAUGUCAUCUAAAUCACCUAUUUCAGUUUUAAAAAAAGUUCGUCCAAAAGUUUUACAUCCAGCAGCAACUAAAGCUACUAAAGCAGAACAACAAAAAGAUUAUGAAACAGCCAUAGUAUGGUUAACUCAGCUUUUACAAAAUUAUCCAAAAAGCUAUUCAAUUUUAUGUAGAAGAGCAUUUGCAUCUUUGAAGCUUAAAUUAUAUUUCCAAGCUUUAAAAGAUUUAUCAAUAGCAAUCCAAUUAAAACCAUCAAAAUCUUUAGCUUAUAAUUACAAAG